AUAAGUUUAAGCACUGAAAUUAUUACAUAAAAAUAAUUUAGUUUACUAUAAUACAAAAUGCAUAAAAUUACUAAAUGAAAUUGAUUGAAAAUGUAAACAAUAAAAGCAAAAUCAAAAACUAUAAUAGUUUAUAAUUAAUACUAAAACAACACUGACCUGCUGUUUCAUGCUUCUCAAAUCUGGUAUUUAGGUUUGAUUAUUUUGCCAGUGAAAUGUGAGCAAGAGGUUUAGGAUUAUUUGUUUUCAUAAUAAUAUGAAGCAACUGUGUUAUGUAAUUACUCUUUUUUUUUUUUUUUCUUUCUUUUUUUUACUUCAAACCUGCUUCGUUUUUUCUAUAACUGAUUAAAAUUGUAUGAAGUUCUGGAAAUGCAAAGCGAAACCUAACGUUGUCGGAGGUAAAAGCUUGUUUGUGUUGGUGGCUUUAGGACGAGUGGCUUUAUUUAGAGGUCUGUGAUGGCCUCGGGUUACACAGCUCAGACUCAUGACUAAACUGUGAUGUUAUUCAUUCUAGAGAUACACGGAGAUGUUUUAGUCACUCGCUCUCUGGACCCCAAAAGAUGCUUCACUUCUGAAUAAGAGAAAACUGUGUUUAGAACUGAAUUGAUGGAUCCAGCGUUUUGCCAGGAGUUUCUGGGUUUUGUGUUUUGAGGAUGGGUGCCGCCUUCAAGAAGUUCUGUAUACGAUUCUGCUGUUGCUGCUGCUGUGAGGAUGAUGAGGACGAGGAAGAAAAGAGACCUUUACUUAGCCACGACACGUUGGAAUAUUUCGACCGUGAGGCGAAAAAAAGGCGGGACCAAGAGACCAAUCUGUGGAACGAGCCCGGAGACCCCUCCCACUCCGAGAGAGAUGACGACCGCACGCUCUACAACCUGCUGCAGACCCGAGCCCAAACCCAGCGGGGCUCUCACGGCUACCGGCGCCUGAGCGUCGACAUCGAGGCCAUGAGAGACAUGAGAAGAGAGGUGCGAGAUAAGUGGAAGAUGAUCUUAGAGAAUCUGGGGUUCAUGGCUGAAGCUGAGUCUCUGCUGACUGUGUCCAUCAGCGCAUCAUAUGACCGCAUGAGAAACGCAGCAGUCGCCCGCAGCCUGCUGCAGACCCUCCACACCGAGACAUCAUUAUUCAACCGCAACGAGGCUCCACCCGAGAGAUACCUCUUCAUCCUGGACCGGCUGAUUUAUCUGGAUGCUGCUGAGGAUUUUGUGGCCAAGGCUCGACGCUUCUACCCUCCUAAAGAUGAUGAUGAUGAUGAAGAGGACAACACCGGUCGAAUAAAUCUUCCUCUGCUGCUGUCCCGCAUGAAUCAGAACAUCUCUGGAGGAGAGGACGAGGAUGAAGAGGGUGAGACCACCGGCCCAGAGGACUGACAAUGAGAUUAGUGUGUGUUGAUGGUUUCAGAAAUCAGUUUGAGGGGUUUUGGAGGUAAACGUAUUUUGACGGAUGUAGGUUCGGGUUUUAAGGUGGAUGAUGGGGAUGCUGAAGAUUAAAUGGUGCAGGUUUAAUCCAUUUAUUAGACAAAUGAUUUUCCGAGAAAGAGGAGACUUUUUAGAAACAUAGAAAUAGCUGCAGGUCUCACAUUUUAUGUAACUAUGAAUUAUAAAAUCAUUAGAAGAUUCAGGAUUAGGGAGGCAUGUUGAUAUUGUAAGACUAAGAUUGUGAAGUGAAUUUAAAUAAGUAGAAAUUAAACAUCUCUUGAAAUUUUUGUCUGUGUUCUUUACAUUGGACGUUUGUCAAAAUGUUGAAACUAGUCGAUUAUUAAAAACUUCAACUCUCA